UUCACACCGUGCUAUCAUUAAUUUGGGCAACAGUAUAAGUUCUCUCUAGGUCUUGUUGAGUUACAACGAUUACCUUUUUGUAAUUACUAUUUUUUCUAUCGAUGCAAAUAAAUUCCAGAAAAAUAAUUCUUGCAGAUGUUUGCCAAGAUUUGGGAAAACGUGUCAACUGCGCGCUGACCUAGAAUACAGAGCGCCAUUGAGUGUUUCAGUCGAUUCGGUAACAUCCUGAAAAACGAUAGAAGUUCUGAAAAUUUGUGUCGGAAAUUCGACCGGAAAAGCGGCCGUGCGAGUACGUUAAUUGAAAAUACCAGUGAACGUGUGCGCGUUCCUAUUUUUUCAAGUCGUCGUUGAAUUGCAGCUAAUGGUCGAAAAGCUGUAGUAGAGCUGCAAAAAUUAUUAAAUGUGUACCUAACCAGAACCUAAUUAAUUUAUCGGCAUUCACAAUCAAUAAGUAGGUAAUUUCCAUGUCCAAUUAAAUUCAUACGAUCCCGAACCGUCGAAUUUUCCACGCAAAAACGAUAAACUAUACAUGGAAUACAAGCGUGCUCUGAAGUUCCUCGGACUAAUUUUCAGUUUAGUGAGGUGAAAUUUUCCUUACGAAAUCAGUUUUGAGCGGUUCCAAGACGUCGUCAUCUCAAAAAAUCACGUGGCUACGUCAGCCACGGCAAGCAGGAGUUGGACCGGUCGCCGUUCGACGUUUCAACGUGACCGUUGUCAACGACAGCAGCUCGGAAUGUCGUGUGGAAUCGGCUUCGCCGGUGUCCCGCCAUCGAGGCCAGCCCUUCGCCAGUAUUCCAGAAGACCACGCUUUAGAUUCGGACGAGGAGUCCCAGACUGAGCCCUACAAAUCCAGGUUGUCGACGACGAACAGCAGCAGAUGCGCCUCGCCCGCCCCCUCCUGGGACUUCAGCCAAGAUGACAGCAGCGAAUGUGCGAUGGACACAAAUGUUACCGUCGAAACGAACAGGAUAGCGGACGAUACACAAAAAGCGCAACCACCGACGACGGAUUCGAAUUCGAAUUCCAAUCACACGAAUUUCAAUUCUAAGAAGGACUCAUCGUCGGACGAAAGCGACAUCGAACCGGAUUUGGUCCAGACUAUCAACUACAACGUUUCGUCCCCGUUCGGGAACUCCAAUGAAUUCCCACCGGAGGAGGAUAGCAACACGUUCCUGCACCGGUAUUUCAGCAACCACAGCAACAGCCUGCCGUCGAAGAUAACGAUGGCGUCGAGGAGGUUGUCCCAAUGUCGAGAGGAGGACGAAGAUGAGGAGAAGAGGGAGCCUUCGAAUAUGGAAGUUAUUUCCGGUAGCGAUAAAUCCCUUUCGGAAUCGUCCAGUGGAUCCAAAACGUCUGUGAUAGAUACAAUCAGUGGCCCUACCCACAAAUUCGUGAUAACCAAAACCAAAACCAUUGUCGAGACCAAAAAGGAGAGUGAUACAACAAACAACAAAGAAGUUAAAGAAGAAACCAAUAGCAAACAGAAGGAACUAUCGGCGGCCGCCAAGAUUUUCGCCAGGAACAGGGAAUACAGGGUGGCCAAUACGGUGUUGGGCGUCCCCUCGAAGGACGCCGUCAGACCGUCCGUGAGGAAUAUAUUCAGAGUGCAGAGUCCCCAUUACGAUUCUAAAUUCUUCGAUUCGUCGCUGAUCGCCAUGAAAAGUCCAACGUCUAGCACUAGUACCGUCAACAAUGACGCUAUAGAAGAUGUUUGGGUCAAAAGACCUGAUAUCAAAAAAGAAUCCGGUUCACAACCAGCUUCUCAAACCUCUCAGGAUGAUUCGCACUUGCCCAGGCCGAGGUCGGGUACGUGGGGCUCCAAGCCGGACAAGCACAAAUCCAAGGAUGAGUCGAAGCGCAAGAGAGAAAAGGAGCCCAUGAGCGCCUCGACGUCGCGGUCGAAUUCGUCGGAACGGCGCGGCUCCAUCGAUUCCAGCCCCAAGAAGCACGGCUUCAGGAACAGGUCAAAUUCAGAUGCCGGAAAGAGAAAGGGCAGUACUUUCAUGGCUUCUAUGAAAAGUGCGAUGGUGCACACUGGCUUGAUGCACGCGAAAAAACCCAAAGACGGCUCGGCCCAUCCGGUUCAAGACGACGAAAGCGAUACUAAAUAUUACCACACUGUGACUGCCGCUGCUUCGGCUAGUCGAGGACCGAUGAUGAAAGUCAUGGAUAUAUUCAGGAAGCCCCACACGUCUCCGACGCCGCCCCACGACGACGAUAGAGAUAGGGAGAAGGAAAGAGAGCGGAAGGAAAAGAAGAAGGAUAAGUAUUCCGGAGGUAUCAUGCAUUCACGACCGAAAGCGCCGAGAGAUGGCUCUGCUCAUCCGGUACGAGACGGUUCGGAUACGCAUUACUACCAUACCGUAACAGCCGCAUCUUCCAGCCGCAAUCCAAUGACCAAAGUUAUGGAUAUAUUUAGGAACAGAUCGCACGUCAGCGUGCCUCCGGAUGAAAGGAAGAAAAAACAGCAGCAACUCGGUGCUCAUCUGCGUCAGAAAUCACUCGAUCCUGAACGUCGUCGACAAUCAAUCGGACCUAUACCUAAUAUACACAGGGCCUCCGAUGCUUUCCUUGACCCCCAUCAUGCCGCCAUAUUAUUCAGGGAUUCCAGAGGCUUACCAGUUGUUGAUCCCUUUUUGGAAAAAGUCAAUAUAUCAGAUUUGGAAGAGGAUGAGUCGCAGAUAUUCGUCAAAUUUUUCAAAUUCCACAAAUGUUACGACCUCAUUCCCACUUCCGCCAAGCUAGUCGUUUUCGAUACGCAACUUUUAGUUAAGAAAGCCUUUUUUGCCCUUGUAUAUAACGGUGUCAGGGCGGCGCCCCUUUGGGACAGCACCAAGCAAGAAUUCGUCGGCAUGUUGACCAUAACCGACUUCAUCAAAAUCCUGAGGAUGUACUACAAAUCUCCCGACGUACAAAUGGAGGAGUUGGAGGAGCACAAACUGGACACGUGGCGACGCGUCUUGAAAGACAAGAAGCCGCUGAUCAACAUCGGUCCCGACGCCUCCCUAUACGAUGCCAUCAAGACUUUGAUUCUCAACAGGAUACACAGGUUGCCCGUCAUCGAUCCCGAAACGGGCAAUGUACUGUACAUUCUAACGCAUAAGCGAAUCCUUAGGUUUUUAUUUUUAUAUAUCAACGAAUUACCGAAGCCCAGUUACAUGCACAAAACGUUGCGAGAAGUUCGAAUCGGUUCUUAUGAGAAUAUCGAAAUGGCCUCGGAGGAUACGACGAUUAUACUAGCUUUAAAGAAAUUCGUCGAGAGGAGAGUGUCGGCCUUGCCAGUGGUCGAUGUCGAAGGAAGACUUGUCGAUAUCUAUGCCAAGUUCGAUGUCAUUAAUUUAGCGGCCGAAAAAACUUACAACGAUUUAGACGUCUCAUUGAAGAAGGCCAACGAGCACAGAAACGAAUGGUUCGAGGGUGUAUAUAAAUGUAAAUUAGAUGAAACUCUCUAUACAAUUAUGGAAAAAAUUGUUAAAGCUGAGGUUCAUAGGUUAGUGGUCGUAGACGAGAAAGACAAAGUAUUAGGAAUAAUUUCAUUAUCGGAUUUACUGUUGUACCUGGUUCUAAGGCCUUGUGGCGAAGACGGCGGUUCGCCGACCAAUGGAGCCGUCUCUGUGAGAGCUCAAGAUAUGAGUAAUCAAGAUCAGUCUGAAAGGCACUCCAAAUCCGAAGAGGAAGUGUCCCAGCCCAUUCCUGAAGAAGAGGAGCACGCAGAAGAAGAGCACGCAGAAGAAGAGCAUGCAGAAGAAGAGCGCGCUGAAGAAGAUCAAGGUGUAGAUGUUGAAGAGAGCCCGCCUGUCCCGAGUCCCUCUUCACCCCCACCGGAUUCUGCUAGCACAGAAGAGGAACCUAAGCGAGAGGAAAUCGAGUUAGAUACGUCGGGUGCGAUUUUGAAUUCCCUACAAUCAGACGGUGCCAUAUUGAAGGAAGUCGCGGUUACCGGUGGAGAUUGAGCCGCUGUUGGGACGUAGAUGAACAAUUUAUUGAAUUAACAAUUUAUUAUCUCGGUGAUUUUUUAAGAAAAAAGAAUGCGGGUUCUGUGUUCUGUGAGAAUAUUAUAAAGUUGUAUAUUUAUAUAUAAUAUAUAGAUAUUAUGGAGAGUAAAUGGAUGUCUAAAUGUUUUCCAUUUGUUUUGGUGUGGUUUAAAAACCGUUAAAAUAUGUACGAAACAAAAUGGAUUUCGAAAUUUUAACAAAGAAUGAUCACGAAAGACGUGAUACAAAAUAGUACUUUUACAUCAAAUUGUUGAAAUGUAUUACACUUUUAUUUGAUUUGUGUGUAACUAAAUUCUGUAUUGCCGAAAACAUUGUGCCUUAUCAAAUGACAUCAAUAUGAAUAAGAAAAACAUUGUUCCUCUUUUGCACGCUUUUUAAUAAAAUUUAUACAGUCGAUAACUCUGUAUGUUGAUUAAUAAUUACUAACGUUACGAAUACAAAGCAAUAAUUUCUAUGCGCUAUUACAGAAUUGAUGUUACAACUGGUUAAAUCAUCAAAAUAUUUACGAUUUCAAUCGAUCCAAUGCACCUGUCAUAACAUCAAUCCUGACAUUACAAUGGACGAGUAUUUUUCAUUGUACUUAUUUACUAAAAUUGAAUGUACUUAAAUGAACUUAAAUGUAAGCAAAUAAUUUCAACUUUUCGAUGGAAAACAUUUUGACCGGCCUUCGCAUUUUCACCGUAAAACUUAUUGGAAUGUUUCUAAUUAAGAGGUUAUUUAAUAAAUAGUUCGAAUGGUUCGUCAUAAAAAAAUAUGUAAAAAUUAUUUGUCAUAAUGGCAGUAAGUUUCAUACUAAAAUACAGUUACCUACGUGCUUAUUCAGUAUUUAAUAAAUAUUCAUGAAAAGAUCGAAAUUAUUUAUGAAUACCUAUUAUCUUUGAAUGAAAACGGAAUUUAAGGAAGUAAAUGGCACAUAUUUUUUGGACGAAUUAUAGCGAAAUAAAUUACACUUCCUCACGCAUGUAAAUACGGUGGGUACCGAAAAAUGCAUAAAAAUUUUUGUUUAAAACAAUAAAUAAAAGGCUUCUAAAUUUUAAAUUUUAUAGGUUUUUUACAUUUUUACCAAAAUUUGAUUAAUUAGAUGGCUUACAAAGUAACAACAUUUUUAAUUCGUAGAAUUUGUUCAAUUUUUCGGUCUCCACUGUAUGUAUAAUGGCGUCAUCAUAUUAAAAUAUAUCAAUUACGUUAUAUUAUUUAUGUUAAUUUGUAAAAAGUAGUAGUUUUAUUGACAUAAAAUUAAAUACUGUAGAUAUGAGAAGAAACAAAGAGUAAGCUGCCUUAUUUUAGGACGUUGCUGAAGAGUAAGAAACAAUUAGUAAAAAAGUGCUAAUAAUAUUUUCCGCAAUUUAUGUAAUCCGAAUAAAAUUUAUUUAUAGAAACGU